CAAAAAGGUAAGUUCUGAGUGUUUGUCUUUCCCUUGCGUGUAAGAGCCUGUGUAGGGUCCCUUCCGUGAGAGCGAUGAUGCAAUUGAGCUCGCGGUGCCCUCUUAUCCACUCUGCGGGGCAGUGGUCGGGAUCUUGACUCACAAGAUCUUCGAGGAACGUGCUUCUCGAUUCGAUAUAGCAAAAAAAGAUUUAAUCACUGUGCUCUAGACGCUCUUUGGACAAUUUCGAUCUACUGAUACUGACUGCAAGAUAAAUAGUCACCUCCUCGGCUUCCUGACACCCUGUACAAGAUGGCAGCCUCAUAUCCCAAGAAGAAGUGCGGUGUUCUGGGUGCCACCGGAUCUGUGGGCCAGCGCUUCAUCCUUCUGCUGGCUGACCACCCUUUCCUGGAGCUUCAUGCCGUGGGUGCCUCCGAGCGCUCCGCCAACAAGAAGUACAAGGAUGCUGUUCGGUGGAAGCAAUCUGCUCCUAUGUCUGAGAAGCUGAGCAACCUCAUACUUCGCGAGUGCAAGGCAGAGCUGUUCACGGAUUGUGACCUAGUCUUUUCUGGUUUGAACAGUGACAUCGCCGGUGAGACUGAGAUGGCUUUCAUCAAGGCAGAGAUUCCGGUCUUCUCCAACGCGAAGAAUUACCGCAAGGACCCCAUCGUGCCUUUGGUGGUUCCCACAGUCAACCCCUCGCACAUGGAUCUGAUUCCUCACCAGCGCCAGCACUUCGGCCUGAAGAAGGGCUUUUUGGUCUGCAACUCUAACUGCGCUGUCAUUGGCGUUGUCAUUCCCUUCGCUGCCCUACAGGCUAAGUUCGGUCCCGUUGAGGAGGUCGAGGUGUUCACUGAACAGGCCAUCUCCGGCGCUGGCUACCCUGGUGUUCCCAGCUUGGACAUUGUCGACAACGUCAUUCCAUUCAUCAGCGGCGAGGAAGAUAAGCUAGAGAACGAAGCUCAAAAGAUCCUUGGAUCUUUGAACGCCGAUGCCACUGCGUUCAACGAGCAGGCUGGCCUGCGUAUCGGUGCUACUUGUACCCGCGUUGGCGUCACCGAUGGCCACAUGGCUUUCGUUUCGCUCCGUUUCAAGAACCGUCCUGCCCCCAAGGCUGAGGCAGUGGUGCAGGCGAUGCGUGAGUAUCAAUCUGAGGCCCAGAAGCUCGGCGCUCCCUCUGCGCCAGAGUUCGCCAUCAAGGUGUUCGACGAGCCCGAUCGCCCUCAACCUCGCCUUGACCGCGACAUCUCCAAGGGUUACACCGUAAGUGUUGGUCGUGUCCGUGAUGGCGCUGAGGGUGGCUUCUUUGAUAUCCGGUUCGCCGCGCUGUCGCAUAAUACCGUCAUCGGCGCUGCUGGCUCAUCUAUCCUCAAUGCUGAGGUUGCUGUCAUCAAGGGUUACAUCUAAAUGUAAAUACGAAAGGAAAAGUGGAGUUUUCAGCGAUGUCAAAUAAUUUCAUUCCACCAAAUUUAUAGAUGAAGCGAAGCUUCUAUUAAAGGGACAUGUUCU